CUGGAACGCGUCCUCUGGCUCCUGUGGUAUGGGAUGGAUUUUCAAGAUUCAAGAUCAUAGAGUUAUCCAUCAGGGCUCGGCAUCCCGCCGUCAUACACCCUUUGCUCUAGCUGCUGAAGCUUUAGCAAUGAAAGCAGCGCUGACUGCAGCGUCUCGAAUAGAAUUCACCUCCAUUAGUGUUUUUUUAGACUCUCAAGUCCUCACAUCUCUGCUUAAUACAAAGACCGCUAUGAAUGAGCUACAAGGAAUUCUCCAUGAUAUUGCCUUGCUUUGCCGUUCCUUUGUUUACUGCAUUUUCUCUUUUAUUCCCCGUGAGGCUAACCUAUUAGCUGACAUGUUGGCUAAGGCAGCUCUUGUUUCUUUGAAUUGCCCUGCUUUGUAAGGAUUCUUAUCUAAUUUAUAAAAACCAGUUUGCCAA